AUGGAAGAGGAAAAUAUUCUCCCUGUGAAAAUUCCUUUUCCACAAAAUAUGAAGAGAGAAAAGCUUGAUAGUCAAUUUUCCAAGUUUUUGGAUAUUUUAAAACAAAUUCACAUAAAUAUUCCUUUUAUUGAUGCUUUAUUACAAAUGCCUUCAUAUGCCAAGUUUCUAAAAGAAAUUUUGUCAAGCAAAAGAAAACUGGUAGAAGCUUCUGUGGUAGUACUUACUGAAAAAUGUAGUGCUAUGCUUCAAAACAAACUACCACAAAAGCUCGGGGAUCCAGGUAGUUUUACAAUUCCAUGCACUUUGGGAGGAGUAUAUUUUGAAAAAGCACUUUGUGACUUUGGGGCUUCAAUAAAUCUAAUGCCUUUUUAUAUUUUUAGAAAAUUGGAUCUUGGUGAAAUAAAAAACACAAGUGUUUCUCUUCAGUUUGCAGAUCAAAGUACUAAAAAACCUAAGGGAGUAAUUGAAAAUAUUCUUGUAAGAGUUGAUAAGUUCGUUUUCCCUGUGGAUUUUAUAGUACUUGAAAUGCAGGAAUGUCGUGAUGAACCGAUAAUUUUGGGUGGACCAUUUCUUGCGACAGGAAGAGCAACCAUAGAUGUCCAUCAAAGACAAUUCAUUUUAAGAGUAGAUGAAGAAAGAGUCAUUUUUGAUAUGCAAAAAUUGCUAAGAUUUUCAGGAGAUGAGACAUCAUCCCCAUGUUUUUCAAUUGACAUGAUUAGUGAUCUUGCAGAUGAAUUCAAAGAUGAUAAAUUGAUUCUAGAUUCUAUGGAAAGAUGCUUGUCCAAAUCUGGCACCUCACAAGAUGAUGAUCCCACCAUCAGGAGCGAAGUUGAAAUAUUGGAAAAACAUUAUAAGGAUGAGGAGAUACAAGCGGAAGAAGUUCAACCAAAAAUGGAACUCAAAAUUCUUCCUUCUCAUUUGAAAUAUGUUUAUCUUGAGCAUAUUAUUUCCAGUAUCAUCUACCCCAUUUCAGAUAGCUCUUGGGUAAGUCCUGUUCAAGUAGUACCAAAAAAGGAGAUACCAAGAGCACCAGAAGACCAGGAUAAGACAACUUUCACAUGUCCCCAUGGAACAUAUGCCUAUAGGAGAAUGCCAUUUGGUUUAUGUAAUGCACCUGCCACAUUUCAACGUUGUAUGUCAGCAAUUUUCUCAGACAUGACCGAAAAAAUUCUAGAGAUUUUUAUGGAUGAUUUCACUCUUUUUGGAAAAUCAUUCGAAGAUUUUACAGAAGGAAUUGUUCUAGGACAUAAAAUCACUGCUAAAGGGAUAGAAGUUGAUAAGGCUAAAAUUGAUGUUAUAGCAAGAUUACCCCCUCCCACAACAGUUAAAAGCAUUAGAAGUUUUUUAGGGCAUGCAGGUUUUUAUAGACGGUUCAUAAAAGACUUUUCAAAGAUUUCAAAACCGCUGACUAACCUUUUGAUGAAAGAUGUUAAGUUUGAAUUUUCGGGUGAUUGUUUGAAGGCAUUUGAAACCCUUAAGGAAAGAUUGUCAACAACCCCUAUAGUUGUGUCCCCUGAUUAG